AUGCUCAAUCUGGCCCAGCUCCAAAGCCAAACUCGUGAGCUUUUAGCAGCCCUCAAGCAGCUCACGGAGCAUUGUCCUUCGGCCGUCGAUGGAACGACUGAAGGCAUGAUCCCAGGGCUUUCACCGUGGUCAACGACUGGGGAAUCGGGGGAGGCGACCCGAGCACGAGAGACGGUACUGAAAUGUCUUGCGAAGCUGCAAGUUUCGCUGGCAGGUCCGAUUGAUGUCCUCCAGCACAUGGCGAGCCAGACCCAGCUUCUUGCGUGCUUACAAUGGCUAGGAGAGUUCCAAGUGCCAGCCUGCAUCCCGCUCGACGGCAGUGCCUCCAUCAAAGAUGUCGCGGAGCUCAUUGGCGUUCCUGAAAACCACAUCUGUCGGAUCGUGCGUAUGGCAAUCACUGCAGGCUUUCUGCAAGAGCCGGAACUUGGGCACGUGGCUCACAGUCCGUUGUCGGCUGCUUUCGUGACGAAUCCCUCUUACCUUGACGCCGCGAUGUUCCUGGCUAGAAUCACAACUCCCGCUGCCCUGAACAUGCCCUCAAUCACUCGACAGCGCACAGCCGGCAUGUGUGAACGGGUAAAUCAAGUUGAACAAAACAAUAAUAUUAUCAAUAUGGUUACCUCUUCCACCCUCGACGAGACGGCCCUGCCUCGGCUGGAGCGGCAGUGGUAUGCGUAUCUACGAUUUGGCACCGGAAACCUAUGUGACACGGCCACAGAUAUUAUAUCCUGUUUGAACUCAUUCCAAGGCACCAGCGCGACAGUGGUCGAGGUGGGAGCGCGUUCAUUGGACCGUGCGAUGACGCUUGCUAAUCGAUACCCUACGCUCCGGUUCAUCAUUCAAAUUCACCUGCCCAGCUCUGCGUCUGGUAGCGGCAAAGAUGAGGCCAAGUAUGACCGUACGCGGGCCAUCCGCUCCCAUUCGCAGAUCACAGUGCAGUAUCGCACACCGGGUACGCCCCAGCAGAUUCAAGACGCGGCGGUCUAUAUCAUCAACUUUCCCCUCCCGUUCCCGGGCGUGUCAUCAUGCUCCAUCUCCGCGCAGCUCGAGACGGAGCUGCGAGCACAUUUGCAGGCGUUGCGCUUGAGCCCGGCAGCGACGCUGGUUCUCACAGCACCCGCGCUGCCUGAGCGGGGGGCGAGGGGCACCGAGGUGGCGGUGCUCACUCGUAUUCGCGACCUCUCUUUUUUGCAGCUCGCCAACGAUCGGGAGCCGGAAAUCUCAGAGCUAAUCAAUCUGUUGAACGGGGUGGGUGACAGUGAGGGUCGGUUUGUCGUGGUGAAAAAG